AUGGAGCGGCUCAUCCUCACCCAUCUCCGCUCCGUGGUCAGCCCCACCCUGGACCCGCUGCAGUUCGCCUACAGACCCAACAUCAGAGUAGAGGACGCCGUCAUCUACUUCCUGCAGCGGACGCUCUCCCACCUGGAGCCCGCCGGGAGCGCUUAUCUAACCAAAGGAUGCGAGACCACAGAGAUGACACUGCGGAGAAACGGCCUGGGGCAGCUGGGGUUCCAUGUGAACUUUGAGGGCAUCGUGGCCGAGGUGGAGCCGUACGGGUAUGCAUGGCAGGCCGGGCUGAGGCAAGGCAGCCGUCUGGUGGAGAUCUGUAAGGUGUCUGUGGCCUCGCUGACACACGAGCAGAUGAUUGACCUGCUAAGGACCUCUGUCGCCGUCAGAGUGGUUAUCAUCCCCCCACACGAGGAUGCCACUCCACGCAGGGGCUGCUCGGAGCUCUGCAGGGGGCCCAUGAGUGACUACAAAAGCAGCAGUAACGACAGCGGAUCCUUCGAGUACAAGUUCCCCUUCCGCAGCAACAACAACAAGUGGCAGCGGACGUCCAGCAGCCCUCAGCAGUCGCUUACCGCCUCCCCCCAGCCGCACACCCCCAAUCGGGCCAUAAGCCUGGGCAGCUCUGUGGGAAAGACCCUGUCAGCGGAGCGACUGGAGAGGGGAGCUGCCAUCCCUCGCAGCGUCAGCAGCGACGGGCGGCCCCUAGACCCCAAGAGGAUGUCCCCAGGCAGUGAGGGUUACAGUUUGGCCUCUUCUCUGGCUCUGGGCCGGUCCCCACACAACCGCAGCUCUCCCAGCAACCUAUCCUGCUCCAGCGAGGCCUCUGGGAGCUCCGCCCACUGGAGACAGAAGUCCAUGCCCGAGCAGUUUGCAGGUAAUCUUUACUUUCCCAUCUUCUCCAAGAGAAACUAG